AUGUACUGUAGAAUUACUUCAGAGACGUGGUUAGUGGUUUUUGGAGCUUUCCUUGCUAUUUUACUGCGAGCAUGUACUAAUUUGCAUUCCUAUUCGGGGGAAGCAAAGCCUCCGAUGUAUGGAGAUUAUGAAGCGCAGCGACAUUGGAUGGAAAUCACUACAAACUUACCUAUAAAUGAAUGGUACCAAAACAGUACAAAUAACGAUUUAAACUAUUGGGGUUUAGAUUACCCUCCUUUAACAGCAUAUCAUAUGUACAUCUGUGGAAAAGUAGCUGAAUAUUUAAACGAAAAUUACACAAAAUUGCAUGAAUCCAGAGGAUAUGAAAGCGAGGACCACAAGGUGUUUAUGAGGUUCACAGUAAUGAUUGGGGACGUACUAUUUUAUAUUCCGGCUCUUAUACUGUAUUAUCAUACUUGUAUUAAAACGAUAGAGACUCAAGAUGGUGGUGUGAAGAAAAAGAAGUUUAAAAACCAAAAAAAGUUAACAGAAAUCAAACCAAUGAGUACAUCAUUAUCGACUGUCAUUGGUUUGUUAUAUCCCGGUAUAAUAUUAAUAGAUCACGGUCAUUUUCAGUAUAAUUGUAUUUCUUUAGGUUUUACUAUUACAGCAAUUACUUUGAUAUUGAAAAAAUUUGAUAUUUUAGCUUCUAUUUUUUACUGUUUAGCUUUGAAUUACAAACAAAUGGAGUUGUACCACGCAUUACCGUUUUUUUUGUAUCUUUUAAGUACCUGCGUGCCUAAACCUGGUCAAAAAACAGUAUGGGGUAUCUUUAGACUGUUUAAAAUAGGUAUAGCAGUAAUUAUAACUUUUAUUAUAAUCUGGUAUCCAUUUUUAUACGAUUUAGGAGAGUUAUUACAAGUUUUGAAUAGACAGUUUCCUUUAGGAAGAGGUGUAUUUGAAGAUAAGGUGUCGAAUGUUUGGUGUGCCUUGAAUGUUGUAUUUAAAUUUAAAACAAAGUUUGAUAACUAUCAAAUGAUGAGAAUAUGCUUGUUUACUACUGUAGCUUCGCUCCUACCAAGUUCUGUUGAUCUAUUUUUAAGACCUAAUAGAAAAAAGUUUGUUCUAGCUCAAAUAAAUUCUUCUUUAUCGUUUUUUUUGUUUAGUUUCCAAGUACAUGAGAAGAGUAUUCUUCUUGUUGCUAUACCGGUUUUAUUAUACUUUCCUUAUGAUUCAUUUACUUGCUAUUGGUUUCUUUGUAUGUCUGUUUUCAGUAUGACUCCUCUUUUAGUUAAAGAUAAUUUAACUAUAGCUAUUAUAGCUCUUACUCUAUUUUAUUGUGUCACUUUUCGAGUCUCUAUUGAGCAUAAUUAUAGAAGUAGUUUGAAUAAUCAUGAUGGAUUUAAAGAAUAUUAUAGAAGUCUUGUACAUUCUUUGCUAGAUAUAGAGUACAAGAAGGCGACUCAAAUGGGUAUAUUUAAAGCAUCUUUGCAACAAAUUAUUAAAAAUUCUGAUGCUUUAAGAUCUUUAAUAUUCCAUUGUUGUAUGUUUUUAUCACUUAUAGGUUGUUUGUUAAUAUUUUUUAUGUCUCUGUUGCUACAACCGCCGCCUAAAUAUCCGGAUUUAUACCCGCUUGUUAUUUCUGUGUACUCGUGCGUCCAUUUUGUAGGAUUUUUUAUUUAUUUUAAUUACAAACAACUAAAGAUACCUCAACAGUUUGAAGAUAUUCGGAUUGAAAAAAUUAAGUUCUCCUAGGUUUAUAUUAUGUUUCUUUAAGUUACAAUUCGUUUUUGACUGUUAUAAAUUGUUGAUUUUCAAUAAAGAUUGUUUAAAAUUACUUUGAUUUUUAAUACUUUUAAAUAGGCUAUCUUUAGAG